AUCAUGGAAACCGUCAAGCGAGGAGACAUUCACUCAAAACUCGCGGAACAGAGGACCAAGUUCCUCAAGCAGAGUCUCUCGGAGGAAAAGGCGGAAGUGGGGACCAUCCAGAGGCGAGUCGAGAUCGUCCACGACUACUUCUCCACCGAGGCCGAGUGCUGCGUUCCGUCCGGCCUGAGUUAUUGCAACAAGUGCGACUCCGGACCUUCCUGCUGCGUGUACCUCAGUGACGAGGACGACUCGAGCGACCCCACGUCCUCUUCGGUGGACGAUGCCGGUCCCGUGAACAAGCGCGCGAAGAGAGAUGGAGGAGAGCAAGAGGAGAAGGUGGAGUACGAGGAGGAGGAGGAAGAAGUGGAAGAGGAGGAGGACGAGGUGAUCAAUUUCUACUUAUCCGGGGAAGGGAUGGGCGAGGGAUGUGUGGAGGAGUACGUGUUCUAUGUCGACGAUGACGACGAGGAUGACGAGGGCGACGAAAACUAUGAGGAUUUUCGAGAAGGAGAUGAAGGGGAUAUUACGAAGGCGGAGGAGGUCGCUACGAAGAUGAUGAAGAGGGGGAAUACGUCUUAGACGACGAAGAAGGGGAGUAUUUCGUAGACAGCGACGAGGACGAGUGGGAGGAAGAGAUCGAGGAAGAGGAACAGCAGCGGCAGAAGCGGUCCCGGAGAUCAAGGGACCACUUCUUCCCUCGAUACCAAGAGCCGCUCGAAGUCAUCUUAGAGAUCCUGGGCGAAGAAGGGGAAGAGGAAGAGAAUCACAUCGACGCGAAUGAUAAAGAGGAGGACGGCGUGAAUGGCGAUGAGGACCUGAUAACCUUCUCGAGCAGCAGCGACUUCAGCCCCGACAGCCUGGAGGAGGCGUGCGCGCGGAAAGCCAAGGACGACGUGCAGAACUCAGCUGCCGAGGAGGACGUCAGCCACCAGACUUCCGACGACUCUCUGACGCCUCGAAAUACGAGCAUGGAAGACAUUGAGACGAUCGCGUACACAAGGUUACCCGAGCACGAGGAAGAGAAGGAGGAUAGUCAUCGGGAGGAUAGUCAUCAGUCUCUCAUACAGAACUUGAUGGACGAACCUAUCCUCGAGGACUGCCCCCAGAUCAUCCUGCCGCGGCCCAGUCUCAUCAAGGCCCCCGAGGAGACGGACAGGGAGAAACUGCGGGCACUGACCUCGGAGAUUGAAGCGUACCUGAAGGAGACGACGAUGCUGCUAGAGAGUGCCACGACCUACACUUCCGCCACAAAGAGUCGUGAGAGAGGGUCAAAAGAGUCAGCCAACGAAGGAGAGAAAAUAGACCCCCAGAAGUGCUCGGACUCAGUCGCUAAAGAGCCGUCUUCUGUACAUACAACUCUUCCCCUCAGGUCAGAUAAGCCACCAAGACCUUCUGAAAGGAAAAUCGAGGAGCUUGCUAUGUCAAGUCCUCUCUCGACAACUGCACACGGGACUUUAAAUACCACACAUACCAGUCAUCCCUCUAAGAUACAAGCAGCAGAAGACGCGAAACAAACCCGCGUCGCCACAGCUGAAAUCCGCGUAAAUCCCACAGCCUCAGUGGCUCACCAGCUCCCAAAGAUCAAACACGAACCUCCUGCGCCUGGAAACCUCGAGGGGGCUUCCCGGGGUCUGGCCACCUCACAUGAGAGCCAGGUAAGUGAGGGAGAACACACGUCCGCCUUCAGGAGUGCAGCUCUGGACGUCUCCCAUGCGUCUUCGAGGCUCACUGACAGUCCAGAUAUCUACAAGUCUCUCUUGGAAACACACAACCUGGCCGAGACCGAGUAUUAUUCAGCAGUAGAGACAUCGACGGAAGUGGUGGAGGCCUUAGAAUGGGAGGACAAGGAGGCGAAGAGGAAGGAUAAGAAGCAAUCGAGGAUUAUCUACAAGCCCGAGGAGACGACCCAAGGCGACGACAUCUGCUUCACGAGCCCCAGAAAUCGCCGGACGUGGCUCGCGGCCUUUGAGGAACUCGAGGAUAGCUUCGACAGCGCCAUUAAAAGCGGCGAGAAGCGGCCGUCAUCCGACCCCUCCGACGAUGCGGGAACGGCAGACAGCGUCGAGACCCCCAGAGCCACGGACGCGAAGCAGAACCGGCGCCGCUGUGAGUCGCCGCCCCCGACCAUCUCAUGCUUAGAGAAUCUCGAAAAACUAUGCCGGCGGCUAAGUCUAGAGCGAGAGAAAUAUUCGGAGCAAAUGUGCACGAUUGACAGACCCUCUCCAGUUGGAAUGGAGGAUAAUAGUUACGAGUGUAGCGAAGAUAAUGAAACGUUUUCGACGUCAACCUUAUCGGAAACGGAAACUGACAUCAUAGCCGAUAAGCUUUAUACUGUACGAAUGCCAAAGCAGAAAGAGGACAGCGAUAACACGGGAACCAGUAUUCGCAAUUUGGAUAAUAUAAUCAAGGGAGAUUUAAACCAAAACAAGCCGGUAUUUGAUCAUCCACCCGUCGACGGGACGGGAUACGCCUUCAAAGAAAACGGAGGACUCGCUCCUACCAAAGAAAAUGAGAAGACAAAAUCGAGAGGGGAUACUAAGGAAACUUUAAAGUUUCAGUACAUUGAUUCUAAAUUGGAUGAAAUAUUCAGUUCUGUUGAAGAUGAAGUUUCUCACACCACGUAUUCAAAUAUUGUUAACCAAAUGGUGAAAGGACAAGCAAAAAUUCAAAGGCGCAGUCACGACGAUUCACUGUAUGCUAGUGGAAAACAAGUCCAAAAGCAAUUGAAUGAGAUUCUAAACGGAAUGGAUUCCAUGUACGAAUCGUAUCUAAAGAAAAGGAAGUCCCUCGACCUCACGCACGAGGCAAGGACUCUUCCGGAUCUCAAAUUCCCAAAUAAGGAAGAAAACAUUUUCCAAAUAAAAGCCGAGUCUUCCAGCGUCAGCGUCGAGCAGAAAAGGGAAUCCAAGAGCGAGCUGGACGCCUUCAGGGACAUCAUCGACAUAUCCGAAGACCUGAAGAACCUGUGUGUGUUCCACGUCAACAAGCCCGGCUGGGACUCGGCCGCCGGAGACCCCCACAGCAGGAGCCCGACGCCCCGGGAGGGACCUGACGUCGAGCCCUCCUUCCCGGACUUCUACGAGAGCGACGGCGCGACCCCCGAGGCUGAGGCGAAGGGUUUUGUCCCCGACGGCAGGCCACGGGACGCUGCCUCGCCCGCGCACGUCAGAGACCCCUGCAGGAGGUCCUCGAAGGAGUGCGAAGGAGAGGCUGGCGUGGGCUCCUUCCUGGCUACCAUGAAGGAGGAGAACUUGCGCUGCUACAAAGUGACGCUGGAUUACCUGCAGAAGAUCUCGGACUCGCACGAAGACACGGGGGAACGCGGGAACGCAAACAAACACGGAGAUGACGUCAUCACCCUGCCAGCCAAUCAGCGACGUCAGACUGAGGAUAAGGUAAGUUUAGUACUAAGGAGUGUUUAUGUGUUAAGAUUAUAG